AUGAAAUUGUUAGUGAAGGCUCUCCUAUCUCUCUUUCUUUUGUCCACUUACAAGACAUUGCCAGGAGCAUAUGUCAUUCGUUUCUAUUAUCGAGCUUUUGUCACCUUGGCACUAACCAGGAAGAAGUAUGUUUCACUGAAGAAGCAGAAUACCUUCGGUUAUACCGGUGAUUCCAAAUUGGACAUUUUCAAGCCUAGCACUUAUACGUCGUAUGUGUCGCCAUUGGAAAUCGAUAUGUUUGUUCACAAGUCCAAUUCCACCUAUUUUACUGACUUGGAUCUCGCAAGAAUGGACUUGGUUUUGAGGGUGUUCCAAAAGUACUUUUUCCAAGAAUUUGACAAUGACUUUGGUACUUUCAAGAGCAAAUCCGUCAACAACUUCCCCUAUGCGCCAAUUGCAAUGGUUGAGUGCACAUUCAAGAAGGAAUUGAAAAUUUUUCAAAAGUUUGAAAUCAAGAGUAAGGUUGUAGCAUGGGACGAUAAAUGGUUAUUUAUGAUGUCAGAAUUCAAAAUACCAAAGUCCGACCGCACUUAUGCCGUGGCAAUGACAAAGUACGUUUUCAAGAAGGGUGGAGGCAGAACCACCAUAAACCCAGAGGAGAUGAUUGAACGUUGUGGUAUGCUCAAUGAUGAGGUCAAAGCUAUUAAUAAAGAGAAUUAUGAACUAGUCAAACAUUUGGCAUCGACUGACGAUUUGGAAGCCAUGUUCGACAAGUUGACAUCGAGAACUUCAAAGCUUUAA